GGGCCGGGGGGUCCCGGGGGGGCGGCGCUGCCCCACAACCGCAGCCUGGAGCUGGUGGCGGGCGCCCCGGCGGCGCGGGACCCCGGCUCGUUGGCGCGGUGGCUCUGCGGGGCGCUGGGGGGGCGCGGCGUGGCCGCCGUCCUGGCCGUGCCCCGCUCCCGCCGCGAGCUGCUCCAGCUCGACUUCCUCGCCGCCGCCCUGCGGGUCCCCUUCGUCAGCGUCCUCGACACCCGCGGCCCGCUGCCCUUCCGCCCGCAGAGCCCCUUCCACUUCCACAUGGACCGGCAGAGCUCGCUGGAGACGCUGGUGGAGGUGCUGGCGAGCAUCCUGCAGGCCAACGACUGGCACGAGACCAGCCUGGUGCUCUGCCACCCCUGGGAUGUCUCCGGCUUCCUCGACCUCUGGGCCCGCCGCACCCAGCUCCUCCUCCGCGCCGUGCUGGACCUCGGCUACCUGGAUGAGCCCAGGGCCUCCCGCUACCUCCGGCAGCGCGGGGAGCGCCUCAAGGCUCUCUCCAGCCCCGUGCUGGUGCUGGGCUGCGACCUGCGGCGCGCCCGGCUGCUCUUCAGGGUGGUCGAACAGUCGGGGCUGCUGCUGCAGGAGUUCCACUGGAUUCUGGGCUCCCCGCUCCGCGCCGGCGAGCUGCAGACCGAGGGGCUGCCCCUGGGGCUGCUGGCCUUCGGGGAGGUGGGCCGGCCCCCCCUGGAGCCGUUCCUGCAGGACGCGGUGGAGCUGGUGUCCCGCGCCAUCGCCAGCGCUGCCGCCGUCCACCCCGACCUCGCGCUCGUCCCCUCUGUGGUGAACUGCAACGACAGGCUCAGGGAGGGCGCCGAGUCCUCGGGGCAAUUCCUCUCCAGGUUCAUGUCCAACACGUCUUUCCACGGCCGGACGGGACACGUGCAGGUGCAGAACGGGACGCGGGUGCAGACAGAGCACCAGUACCGCGUCUGGAGCCUGCUGCGGGACUCGCUGGGGCAGCCGACGUGGGUGACGAUGGGCGCCUGGCGGCACGGCAAGCUGGAGCUGGAGGAGGGCGCCUGGCAGAGCCACCUCCAGCGCAAGAGCCUGGCCGAGGGGGCUGGCGGCGCCCGCGCGAAGCUGCGGGUGGUGACGCUGGUGGAGCACCCCUUCGUCUUCACGCGGGAGGUGGACGAGGACGGGAGCUGCCUGGCUGGGCAGCUCUGCCUGGACCCCGGCACCAACGACUCAGCCGUGCUGGACGCCCUCUUUGAGGAGCUCGGCGCUGGGAACGGCUCGGUGCCGCGGGAGUACAAGAAGUGCUGCUACGGGUACUGCAUCGACCUGCUGGAGAAGCUGGCCGAGGACGUGCCCUUCGACUUCGAGCUCUACAUCGUGGGCGAUGGGAAAUACGGGGCCUGGAAGAAUGGGCGCUGGACGGGACUGGUGGGGGACCUGCUCAGUGGCACGGCCCACAUGGCCGUCACCUCCUUCAGCAUCAACUCGGCGCGGAGCAAAGUCAUCGACUUCACCAGCCCCUUCUUCUCCACCAGCCUGGGCAUCCUGGUGAGGACCAAGGACACGGCGUCGCCUAUCGGGGCCUUCAUGUGGCCCUUGCACUGGACCAUGUGGGUGGGCAUCUUUGUGGCCCUGCACACGACCGCACUCUUCCUCACCCUUUACGAGUGGAAGAGUCCCUACGGCAUGACCCCCCACGGCCGCAACCGCAUGAAGAUCUUCUCCUACUCCUCAGCCCUCAACCUCUGCUACGCCAUCCUCUUUGGGCGCACCGUCUCCAGCAAGACGCCCAAGUGCUGCACCGGCCGCUUCCUCAUGAACCUCUGGGCCAUCUUCUGCCUCCUGGUGCUCUCCAGCUACACGGCCAACCUGGCGGCCGUCAUGGUGGGGGAGAAGACCUUCGAGGAGCUCUCGGGCAUCCACGACCCGAAGCUGCAUCACCCCUCGCAGGGCUUCCGCUUCGGCACGGUGUGGGAGAGCAGUGCCGAGGAGUACAUCAAGAAGAGCUUCCCCGAGAUGCACGAGCACAUGCGGCGCUACAACGUCCCCACCACCCCCGCUGGCGUCACCAUGCUCAAGACGGAGCCCCCCAAGCUCAACGCCUUCAUCAUGGACAAGUCCCUGCUGGACUACGAGGUCUCCAUCGACUCCGACUGCAAACUGCUCACCGUGGGCAAGCCCUUCGCCAUCGAAGGCUACGGCAUCGGCCUCCCGCAGAACUCGCCGCUGACCUCCAACCUCUCCGAGUUCAUCAGCCGCUACAAGUCGGCCGGCUUCAUCGACCUCCUGCACGACAAGUGGUACAAGAUGGUGCCCUGCGGCAAGCGCGUCUUCGCCGUCACCGAGACCCUGCAGAUGGGCAUCUACCACUUCUCGGGGCUCUUUGUGCUGCUCUGCAUCGGGCUCAGCGGCUCCCUGCUCACCUCGCUGGGCGAGCACGUCUUCUACCGCCUCGUCCUGCCCCGCAUCAAGCGGAAGAAGAAAUUCAACUACUGGCUGCACACCAGCCAGAAAAUCCACCGGGCUCUGAACACGGGCGUGGAGGAGCAGAAGGGCCAGAAGCUGAGCUUGGCUGAGAGGUGCGACCCCCAGCAGAGCCCCGGGGUGCAGCCCUGGCCCAGGCUGCGGCAGGAGGGGCGCCGGGUGCGCUUCCAGCUGGACGCGGCCGCCCCUGAGGGCGAGGGGACGCCGGGGCCCCGGGGCAACGGGCCAGUGCAGGGCGCUGGGGCCGAGCUGCAGGAGCUGGAGGAGAAGAUCGAGGCGAUGCGGGAGCAGCUGCGCGCGGCCCUGGUGAGGAAGAGCGAGCUGGUGGCUGCCAUGGGCACGGCCAGGAGCAGCCAGGCACCAGCCUUGGAGCGGCCCCGGGAGGAGAGGCAGGCGCCGGCCCCGCCGCAGGAGAGCAGCGAGUAG